GCGUGCGUUCGAAAGCUGCAUCAACACCCCACCUCGCCAUCCCCUCGUCAUUAGUAACUACGCCUUUUCACUGGUCAAUCGAACCAAACACAAAAAAGUUCCUCCCUGCUCUGUGUCUCUCUCUCUAGACACCGUCGUUCUUUCCUGACUUACGCUGGUUCUCUAUGAUUCAUAGCUGCUGCUAUCCUUUUCCCGCGCGCUCAGCUGCUACCUUGUCAUGCUCCGUCUGUCGGACUUGACCUGGCAGCGUCAGAUCUAUGUACUUUUGUCGACUCCUAGUCCUGUGCACAUCCUCCCCGCUGGAGAGUGAAUUACACUCCGCACCCGCAUCAAACAGUGUCCUCCGUCGUCAGUCGUCUUGCAUGUGGCGUCGAUCUGUAUCUGUUUGGUCUUCGUGCAAACCCUUCGAUUCUCUCUUUUUCUCCGUCUCCUUCCGUGCAUUCCUGCUUCCCUUGCUCCCUCCCUUCCUCUCUUUCCUUUCCCCCUUCGCCUCCGCUUCUGCCCUCCUCGCUCCAAUCGAACGUCUUGCAAUCUUUUCGCGUCCUUGACGUCCGUGUCUUUUUCACCGCUGCAAACGCUGCCGAGGGCGUAGGCUAUGGUCCGCAGCGUGCAGUCCAGUCUAGUCCCGUGCCCACAAUCUUGCCGAUCAUGAGUGCUCGUUUGCCCGCCAUCUGAAUCCACACUGAGAUAUGCUGAACGUCGUCAGCCCCUGGCUAUUCCAGCUCUGUGUACACCUUUUGCGCGUAAUCACCCGCUUUUCUCCUGCUGUGCCCCCCCGUAUUGUGCCCAUAUUGGUCAGCCAGUCCAGAGCGACAGCUUCGCCCGCGCGCUGACCGCUGCCCCCCUCUCUCUUCUGACAGUGAUACUAGAUAGAGCUCGCGAGGUUGAGAGAGAGAGAGAGAGAGAGAGAGAGAGAGAGAGAGAGAGAGAGAGAGAGAGAGAGAGAGAGAGAGAGAGAGAGAGAGAGGUGGGAAACAAGUGACGGAGAGCUAGCGCGCGUCUAAAGAGAGACGAAGCGAGACAAAGAGAGAGGGUGUCCUCAUGAUGUCACUUCUCCAGAGAUGUCUGCUAUCAACGAGCUCGCCUGGAUGGUAGCUGCAGUGGAUGGGGUCAACUCUGUUGAGUCUUGCGGGUUUGCGAAGCUUCGCUGUCUGUGGACAGUAGCAAAUCCGUGUGUGGCUAUUCGGCAUAGCAUUCAUUUUGGACCCCCUGUCUCUUCGUUCUUUAUGCGAAUAGAUCCUGGUGCACCAUUCUAUACCAGCGAGGUUUCCCCGCGCGACUCUUCGGUCGCCGCCUGAUCCUUUUGCACCUCUCCCUCGUCUUGAUCGUACCUGGUCGAGAAUCGCUCGCAGUCGUUUGUCAAGAUCAUGGAGUGGGUGGUUUCUUGGAUGGCGUCGUCUGAACCCUGCGUGUCGCUGGAUGACUUUCUUUCCACGCGUUCUCCUCGUUCUGGUAUUGUUGGCAACUCAAAGAUUGAUUCAGCGGCGGGAACUGCCGGGGGCUGCCAGGUCAGCAGCGGUGCCGGUGCUGCUGCCACUGCGCGCGUGAUGGAAUGCGCCCAUGUCCGAUCUGGCCAGAGUCAAGCCUCGCGAUCGGGAAGUAUGAGGAGGGCGAGGAUGGCGGCGGACUUGAGGGCUGCGUCGACAAACUCGGCAAGAUUUAGGAUAUGGCGGGCGCUGUUGUUCUUCUUGGCAUGUGGGUUCCUCGGGGUUGCCUGCGGAGACGACGCAGGAGUUCGAUCGUGGUGUAUUUUAAGAUUCGACAUUGUGGAGGAGGAGUCUUUGUUCCGACGAGUGGUGGUCCCGGAUGUUGACACGUGGCAUUCCCAGAGCGAUUCGGAUGGCAGAGAGGACGGGAGCUCGUCACCCCUUCAGAUGCAAGGUGCUCUGUUUAUGGUGCUGGAUUUGCCAGGUGGAGGACGAAGAUGCCCAUCGUCCAUUGAAUUGGCCCGCAAGCGUGAGCUCUUGCGCUAUGCGCGCUUCCACUCCUUGCCUUUGACAUCCACAGAUGAUGUCCGCGGUGUCAGCAUGCGAUCCCUGUUGCCUGGCAGUGCUGGAGGAGUUAAUGUGGACCUUGGGAUGAAAGACAUUGCCUUAUCCCUGGACACUGGACCUAUCAGUGACGCUGCCAUUGUGUCCGAUUUUGAUGACAAUGGAAUGCGCGAGAGCGUUACGUUCAAUGUCAAGCAGGGCUGGAGCGUCGUUCGGGAACAAUUUUCUGGGUCUGCUGCUAUGAGAUAUAGUGAUACCAUCUUCGGUUCUUCGGCGAUGGCUACAUCAAUCAAUGUAUCAGGGCUUAUUCAAUUUCAAGAGCAGUUGUUGACCUUAGAAGUCCCAAAGGUUGCAAUGCGGUUUCCUUUGAGAACUGGGCAUGCUGUUGAUGUGUCCUGGGAGGGGCGGUUGGUGGCAAGAGCAAGGCUUGGGUGCGAAGCAGAGUGUAACUUGCAUGGGCGGUGUGAGGGUUUUGUAAAGGCGCCGCAGAUGUCUCCUUGCGAAUGUGAUUGUGGCUGGGCGGGCCCAACAUGCAGUGAGCGAGUAUCGCAGCAAAGGGAAGAGUCUUAUCCAGGGAUUGUAUCAGAAAUACAGUUGGCACGUAAUGUGGACCCGUUGGUUGAUGAAGUCAAACAAGUUCAAGUCAGUAUUCCGCGCCUUCGAUCAUGGACGAGGGGUCUGGGGGCAUUUCCUGUCCAGGUGUCUGUGGGGGGGGUCCUCUGCAAUCGUUUUGCUAUUUUGUCGCUGAAUAGUAUUUGGUGUGCCCUUCCUGGCGGUGUCGUCUCUGAAGAGAACAGAGUCACAGUUGUCAUUAGAUGGGGUUGUAAGAAGUCACAAGCAUCAUCAUCCCACAGAAGUGCUGUGCAAGCAUUUGCACAGCAAGGGUUAAUGCAAAAAGGAUCUGCGAGGAGCCUCCUGUCUACAUUUAAUUCUCCACCUGUGGUAUCCAACUUUGAAAAAUGCUUUGGGACCAAUGUUGAAGCAUGUCCCGGUGUCGGAAACUAUACUCAAGUGUUGGACAACUGCACCUGUGCCUGUCUGGAAUCGUGGGCCGGCAAGAAGUGUGACGUGUGCCGUACAGAUCAGGCGUGUCAGUCCACAGGCAAGGGCGCUCUCUGCUCGAACAGUACAGUUUACACAAAUUCAACAAAGUACAAGAGGUAUAGCUGCACGCUGACCCCAGGACCUGCAAGCGAAUUUGUAAGGGAGAAUGUGGACAUAUUCUGCAACAAGUCGGAAAGUUUUUGCAAGAUCAACAUGCAGCUAAAAGAUGGAGGUGAUCUCGAGUGUUCAAGUCCAGCCUGUGGUAUGAAAGAUGGUGCCAGUGACUUCGAUUGCGUUAAUGUGAACUGCACCUGUAAUAAGGGGCAAUGCGACGACAUAUUUACCACCCUGACGAAAAAAGUUGGCAUGUCUUGCAACGGACAGACAUGUACGUUCAAAGUUGGCGCGAUUCCUAUUGUUGCACAAUGUGAAAUUGGUGAGUGUGUAAGCUCAUCAGACGCACUGGUUUUGCCAAAAGGUGAUGACAAGACUAUGUCGGUUCUGGGAAGUGUGAUGGUGUCACUCGCAAUCUUGCUGUCCCUGUUCGCCAUAUUCCUGUUCUGUGGAUGGAGGCUGUGGCAACGAAAGGAAGGAGAAGCAAGAUACCUAGCCUGGGCCAAGCCAACAGAAGAGACGCGGCUGAACAACGGCAUGCGGUCUGAGCUAGAAGGAGGGCCAGGACAAGUCCUGUCUGUUCACAAUCUUGCGGUGAAGGAAGUGGGUGCAGGCACAUUCAGUGUUCUGAAGCGAUCAGCCAAGGGGUUGUGGAGAUUGUGGAAAGCGAAAAAGUUGGGUGCAGAGGAGGUGAGCACAGUGAGCAAUGAUGGGAUAAAGCUAUCAAUUAAGAAAGAUAAGCGCACGUACAUAUUGUCAGACUUAUCCUUCACUGUAAGCCGUGGCUCAGUUCUAGCCAUCAUGGGUCCGACAGGCAGUGGGAAGACCACUCUGCUGAAUGUCAUUGCAGGUGUGGGAGGGGGGCGUGCAGCUGGAACGGAGGUCUAUGGGUCAAUUGAGGUUGACGGGAAGCGGAGGGGUCCUGGAUUUCGGCGCUACGCAGCAUUGCUACCACAGGAGGACUUUUUAUUCAACACUCUCACUGUAGAGGAGUGCAUUUGGUAUUCUGCGCAGCUGCGCUUGCCUGCCUUCAUGCCUGAUGAGGUGAAGGUAGCACGCGUGAAUAUGGUUAUUGAGGAUCUUGGACUGACCAAAGUACGAAAACAUCGUGUUGGAACAUCGUUUACGGAACCAGGUUUGAGUGGAGGUGAAAGACGACGAGUUCGUAUUGCAAUGGAAUUAGUGUGCGACCCAAAGAUAAUCUUCCUGGACGAACCAACCUCAGGGCUUGACAGUCAUACAUCACUUCUCUUGGUGAGGAAGCUCAAUGAAAUUGCACAGAGAGGGGCAAUCGUGGUGCUAAAUGUACAUCAACCGUCUGAGGAAGCGUUCAACGAGUUUGAUAAAGUUCUCCUUCUUUCUAAGGCCGGGAGGAUUGUAUUCUAUGGCCCACGUGUUGAGCUAGCACCUUUCUUUAGUGCUAUUGGUUACCCUUGCCCAAGUCAUCGCAAUUUUGCUGACCAUAUGCUGGAGGUGAUUAGCUUGCAUGAGGAGUUCAAUGACCCAAUGUGGCCAGGUCAUGAACGAGCCUUGCUUGUGAGGGCAAUGCAGCAACGUGGAGAUGGUCAGAGGGAGCAAACAACAAGACCGAACACUGAUGAUGGUUCUGGUACGCAUUUGACGGCAGUGUCUGGGUUGCCCAGCCGUCCCAUGUCCAAUCACAUGCACAACCUCGCAGAGCCACCCUACUUCAAUCGCUCUCCCUCUCCUUCAUCAGACCAGCGUCUGUUGGGGGGAAGCGACAUGUUGGGUAAAACCUCUGCUGGGGAUGCAACUGACACAGGAUUACCUUCUGCUGAGGCGAACAAGCUGGACUAUCACCAUUCCUUGCAAGAGGCAGAUGACGACGACAGUUGGGGAAAUGGGAAACCAGAUUCCAACUGGUUGAUGACGGCGUAUUAUCACAUCUUCCCACGUGAGCCAAAGUUUCUUCAGGGUCCAGAAUUUGAAAGGUCCAUCAUCACAGAGAUGUGGGUUGUGUUCUGGAGAGAGUUGAUGAACACAUGGAGGCAUCCAUCUUUAUUGGCGCUGCACUUGGCUGUGGCCUUGGUACUCGGUAUGCUCGUUGGUGCAGUCUUCUACCAUGUCCAGAAUACAUUUCCAGGAGUACAGAACCGUGCGGGAGCCUUCUACUUCUCUGUUACCCUGUUUGCAUUUACAAGUCUGAGUGCGCUCGAGUUGUUUAUCACGGAGCGAGUGAUCUUCAUCCAGGAAGCAAGCAGUUAUUACUACAGGACGUUUUCAUAUUUCUUUGCUAAGAUCAUGGUGGACGCUGUGCUACUUCGAGUUGUGCCCUCAGUGCUCUAUGGCCUAAUCGUGUACAACAUGAUGGGACUGGAUACAGGAGAUGGAAAGCUUGGGGUUUUCCUCGCCACCCUUAUGCUAUUGGGCAUAGUGACCGGUGCUCUCUGUUCCCUUCUCAGUUUACUGGUCUCUACAGUCAGUGUGGCAAAUGUGAUAUCUGUGGUUAUCACACUGAUGUUCUUCCUGUUUGGAGGGUUGCUACUGAAUACAAGUGGAACUAAUGCGUCAAAGGGAACAAAACGCCUUUCAUGGCUGCCCAAGAUUUCAUAUUUCAGUUACUCCUGGGAGAUCAUGAUGCUCAACGAGCUUAAAGGCUUGAAAAUCAACUUCACUGCACCAGAUCUUGUGGAGAAUCUGGAAUUGGAGAGCGAAGUCAUUUUGAAAAUGCUUGGAGUUAGUACUGAUUUGAGCACGAUUCGCUGGAAUUUUGGUGCUCUUGUUAUCAUGUGCAUUGUAUAUUAUGGGCUAGCGUACGUGGUGCUGUUUAUACGUGUUGCCUUUGCAACACGGUUCGGUUGCAAGCGGAUCAGAGGGUCUUACUGAAUGUCGAGGAGUGGCUUCGGCAGUCUUAGGGUCUCUAAGCCCGUCUCUUAUUGAUCUCCUCUGGGUAAUAUUAUAUACACUGCCAGACUGGUUUCUCUGAAGAGGAAUUAAGAACACUGGAAGAGCCGAGGAGAGGGGAGGGGCAGCAGGCACCUGCUUGCCCUGCCCGACUGGUUUCUCUAAGGAAUCAACAACUCUGGAAGACGUAAGGAGAGGGGAGGGGAGGGGCAGCGAGGGGAAUGUAGGCACCUGGUUGCCCUGUGCGCUAUCGAUUUGUGCUACCUCAUAGUGUGUGCCACUUGUUGGUGAGGUAUGCCUGUGGUCUUGCUACACAGGGCAGGGAGGGGAGGGGAGGCGCCUGCUUGCAAUUAUGCUUCAUCAAUUUGCGCUACCUUACCAUCAUCUGUCCCAUUCGUCGCUGAGGUCUGGCUGUGGUCUUGCUACGCUAGGAAAGUCAGGUUCUCUAGACAGAGAUGUGUAACGAGCUGCUGCAUGAGCAAGGUUGAUUACCCGUAGACGAAGGCACAUUCUGUGACUUGAACGAGACUUUGGAGAUCAUCAUUUGACAGGGCAGUUCUUGCAGCAUCAGCUCUGGGGUUGCGGCCACAUGCUGGGCCAUGAUGCUGGCACAGCUGGCAGCUAAUCUAAGCCAAAGGAAUUUGUGAACGUUACGUUCAGGCAAAGGGGGAGGAAGAUGCUGUGCAGAAGAACGUUGGUGUGUGGAAAGUGCUGCCGGCAAGUCCUCUGAAUGUUGAAAUGGUUUGACUGCAUUGGACACGCUGGGAGCAAGCUAAACGCUAGCGACCAAAGGAUUAGUGCAGUAUCGGUGUUUAUUGCGUGGAUGAUACAGGAGAAAGGCGAGUUGAUUAGGUGGAUCAGACGAGGUAAUUGUGUAGUAUGCAUCAGUGGUUAUUGCUCGUGGGAAUUCUUCAGGUCGGGGGACUGUAAGGUGUGCAUUUUUGCAAGCGCACUGCAUCUCUGCCAGGGCUCGAGGAAGGUUAUGGUUACGGGGACUUGGAGCUAGGUUACGAGGCUCGGUUCUUAGUGCUGCAGAUGUGGAGGCUGUUCAUUUCAGUGCUGGAUAAAUGGAGAUGACACGGGCACAUGGGUCUGCGGGCUGUGGUGUCACAUCGGGAAGAAUACGUGUUAGCUUGUCUCAGAGGGUCAACCAUGCAGAAGUUUUCUCGGCUUCCCGGAUGGGUUUCACCUUCACGUGUUGGAACGAAGGUUUCUUGCCCUGGAAGACGAGGGGCACAACCGUUCUAUCAGGUCUUCAUGCAUAGAAAGAGCCUGCCCGGCCAACCCGUGUCGUGCUUGUCCUGAGAAAAAAACUGUUGUACGGUGCUUGACAACCAGUGGGUAACAUUUCAUUGGCUUCGUCAACAUGAUGCAGCUGGUAGGCAGAGGCUGUAGCAUAAGGGAAGGUGCAAGCAUAAGCUCUACUCUGCCCAAUACAGUACGUUUCAUUUGCGCUCAGCCUUUUUCUUCACUUGGACUGGCUCUCAAUCUUUCAGUUACAAUAGAAAAGAGGGGGGGGGGGGGGGGGGGGGGGUGAGAGAGAGAGAGAGAGAUCCCUUUGCAGCCAUGAUUGGUGUGCUGCUGUGAAGUGUACCAUCAGAAGGUCUUGCUGUCUGUGCUGGGCAGGCGGAGAAUGUAACACACACACACACACACACACACACACACACACACAGAGAGAGAGAGAGAGACCCCUUAGCAGCCAUGAUUGGUGUGCUGCUGUGACGUGUACCGGGCAGGCGGAGAAUGCGGAGAAUGUAACAUAGUAAUUGAGUCAGGUGGAGUUAAAUUUGAUGCGGGAGAUGAAAAGAAUUAAGGAUAGCUGGGAGAUCAUUCGCGCAGGAAGAUGAUGCAUAGACCCAGGGAGGGCGGAUGUACGUUGAUUGCAGGAGUCUUUCGAGAAGUGUCAAAGAAUAGAGGAGAGAAAGUCCAUUGACGUGAUGCCGACUGCAGGUGGUGAGGGAGAGACGUGCCAAAUAAUAGAAGAGACAAAGCCCUCGGGUUAGCUCAAGCAGUGCACUGUGGCAUAGUGGCUGCCUCCUCCACGAGAGCAGAAACGUCCUACUGGACUGAUGUCUGCUCAAGAGGUGAACAGAUAAGGAGUGGGCAGGAGUGGAAAGACCUUAGCCCAAGGCCGUGUUUUGGAAAGGCAGCUCCUGGACAUCCAAUGGGUGACUCGCUGGCAGUAUCAAGCAUUGUGUUUGCAUACAUGGUUCUGCUGACCAACCUUCUCUUGAGGAGUGCUUUCUUGCGUGCUUGAAACUGGAGUGUGUAUGUGACCCUGUGUGCCCCUAAAUAUGGCCAGCAGUGAUGGCCACAGUUAAAGGUGCAUACACUUGGGCAGGCGGAAGAAAGGUAGGGUAGCUGUCCAGGGAAGGGAAAAGCACUGUACACCUCCCGAGGGUAAAACAAGCCAUCGAAGGACCGAAGGGUUGCUGGCCAGGGAAUGAAAAAGCAGAGGGUACGAAACGCUUCGCGUCUGAAUCCCACGCAUUGGAACCAAAGGAUGCAUUACAUCCGCUUCGCAGAUGAUUUUCUUGUAGCAAUCUCUGGUACACGAUCAGAAGCAGUGAAACUGAGAUCUGAAUUGGAAUCGUUCCUUAGAGACAAACUCCAGAAGCAAAAAGCGCUGUACACCUCCAGAGGGUAAGAAGUAAGCAAUUGAAGGACCGAAGGCGUUUUCUCUGGCAAAGGGAGCAUCCAAUGUGUCAUUGUCAGUUUCUACCUCCAAAUUGGGAUGGGCAAUGACUUUGUUCUUAGAUUGCUAAGCUUGGCGGUCUGUGUGACGGAUGUGGAAUUCACAGACUCUUUGUGUGCGACAAAGGAGCCAUUACUGCGAACGUGUGGGAGAACAUGAGAAGUGAGGAUGGGCCGCGAAUAGCACAUUCACCCGGCACGGAUAGGGAUGGGGGUGAGCAAUCCUCGACCAUUCAGCUUCUCUGGGGACUUUUCGGAGUUGGUGUCCUGUUUUUUUUUUUUUUUUUUUUUUUUUUCUGACAUGGCACCGGAGGUUGCUGCUGUGGGUGUGGGUUAAUGUUGAAGUUUUGAUCUAAUGGUCUCCAUGAGUGAGAGUGGUGGUCAUCGUAGAUCUCUAGUUGUCUAUUUGCUUUCUUUGUGGGCGCUACAAGUUUCAUUGCUUUCCUCUUCACUGGAGCGGAGCAUUUGAUUGUUUUCUUUCUGAAAGAGAGAAGCAUGUGCGCGCCACUCUUUAGUCUGCGAUGCAGCGGAGCAUUUGAUUGUUUUCUUUCUGAAAGAGAGAAGCAUGUGCGGCAGCAGUUUUUUGUCUGCUGAAGGCUGCAUCUCUUUGUUUCUCUCAUUCACCUUUCUUUGCCAUUUGGCCAUCCAUGCUCUGUCAGUGCAAAGUGCCAGCUUUGUCAAAGCUGGAAGAAUAAUCAGCCUGCGGCAUGCAUUGUUUAUGUAACACAUGGAGUAGCCUCGUGUGGUACAAUCAUUGUCGUUUGUAGCUGUAUUUGGAGGGGACUCGAGUCCCUUCUCGUCGUCAGUGUGUUGUCCUCUUCUGGUCUCCAGGUUGUGUGUGCAUCAGAGCGUGUCCAAUUCUCUCGGCAUGUGCUGCUCGAGUGGUUUAUUACCUUUCUAUUCAAAAUUUCAAAGUUUAACAGUUGGUGAAAUGCAGGAUCUAAGUCUUAUUCAAAGUUUAACAGUUGGUGAAAUCCAGGAUUUAAGUCUUGCUGAGUAAGUUGCACAUCAUUUGUAACACCAGACAAUAACCGGUAAUAAAAAUUAUAAAAUUCA